AUGGAUCCAUUUACUAUUCUACAAAUGGCGUUUGGACAGCGUAAUCGUACCCUGAGUAAUUCCAGUAACGAUGAUGUUGAUAGUAUAGAUCGAAGAAAAGUUGCUCGUUAUCGCGAAAAAGUGAAUGUAGAAUAUGAUAAUCCUUGUUUGACGAAGACUGAUGAUUCACCUCUGCUAAUGAUGGAAGAAAAUUCAUGUUUUGAAACCGGCCAAGAGGAUGAGACCGAAGGAGAAGGGCGAGUGGAGGAGGAUGGAUGGGUUAUUGAUGGGGGAAGUGCUGUCGACGCUGAUAUUAGUCUUAAUGCAGGUGAUGACGAAGAACACGAUGAACCUGAAGUUUUUCUAUAUCCAUCAGCUCCAAUUACUAAUCAAUGCUGCGUAUAA